AUGUCACUAUCUAGCUACCUCGCAAGUAAAUAUUUAAACGCCGAACCUGCCACAUCUUCAUCGUCAUCCAAAAAGCGCAAACGCAAAGAGAAAGCCGCCUCCUCGGGCCUCAUAAUCGCCGACGACGACGCCCUGGGCUGGUCUAAUACACCCACCCAAAACGAAGAGGAAAACGAUGGGCGACCUAUAACUGUAUCCUCGGGCUCAGCGGAGUUCCGCAAGGCAAAGAAGAACGCAUGGAAAGUCGUAGGCGCGCCGGUGCUCCAGCCACAAAACAACGAUGCCGAAGCAGAUGCGGCUGAUAAGAUUAUCCAAGAAGCUGCAGCGGAGAAUGCGGCGGCGAUGCAGGAGGAUGAGGCGCCAGUGGUAGAUGGGGAUGCCGAAGGCGUGGUUAAGAUGGGAGAUGGGACACAUGCCGGGCUACAAAGUGCUGCUGCUGUGGCUCGACAAUUCGAGAAACGGAAACGAGAGGAAGCUGCAGCGUGGGAAGCUGAACAAGGCGGCAAGAAGGGGAAGAAGAAAGGUGCUGAGGAGACCGUAUACCGUGACGCAACAGGUCGGCGAAUCGACCUGUCUAUGCGCAGGAAUGAAGCGAGGAGGGAACUCGACGAACAGGCCCGGAAAGAGCAAGAGGAGAAGGAGGCCCAGAAGGGCGAUGUCCAGAGAGCCAUGAAAGACAAGAGGAGAGAGGAACUUGAUGAGGCGAGGUUUAUGCCUCUUGCGAGGACAGUGGAUGAUGUGGACAUGAACCAGGAGCUGAAAGAACGAGAUAGAUGGAAUGAUCCCGCUGCGCAGUUUUUGGUCAAGAAGAAAGAGAGGAGGAGUGUCACUGGAAAGCCAAUCUAUAAGGGUGCGGCUCCGCCGAAUAGAUAUGGGAUACGGCCUGGCCAUCGGUGGGAUGGUGUUGAUAGGAGUAAUGGGUGGGAAGGCGAGAGAUUUAAGGCUUUGAACAGGACGCAGAGAAAUAAGGAGCUGGAUUUUGCGUGGCAGAUGGAUACGUAG